ACACCAACCAAACUCUCAACCAGAACUCUCUCUCUCUCUUUCUCUCUCUGUAGCUCUCAUUGCAUUCUCAAUAGAAUAAAGGACACUUGUCUUUUGUAUGACCAAAUACAGAAUCCCCCAGCAUACCAAAACCAAACACCAUGAAGUUGUUACCGGUUUCUUGGUCUUCAAGGGGACAGACUUUGGGAAAAGAAAGUCCGUUCCUUUGUUGGUUUGAAGAAGAGGGUCAUGGGUUCGAAGGUUCAAACGCGGAGCAUGAUGGGAGCUGAACUGAUGCUGGCAUUGAUCCUGCUCUCCUGGGCAUCUUCAGGGUCAUGCUCUGUUUCUUAUGACAGGAAAGCUGUUGUCAUUGAUGGCAAGAGGAGGAUUCUCAUCUCUGGUUCUAUUCACUAUCCCAGAAGCACCCCUGAGAUGUGGCCUGAUCUCAUAUGGAAGGCAAAACAGGGAGGGUUGGAUGUUAUUCAAACCUAUGUUUUCUGGAAUGGACAUGAACCAUCUCCCGGAAAAUACUACUUUGAGGACAGGUAUGAUCUGGUUCGGUUCAUCAAGCUGGUGCAACAAGCUGGCCUUUACGUUCAUCUCCGGAUUGGUCCUUAUGUCUGCGCUGAGUGGAAUUUUGGAGGAUUUCCUGUUUGGCUGAAAUAUGUCCCAGGGAUCGCUUUCAGGACAGAGAAUAAGCCAUUCAUGGAUGCAAUGCAAGGGUUCACGCAGAAGAUAGUCAACAUGAUGAAAGCAGAGAGGUUGUUUCAGACCCAGGGAGGGCCAAUAAUAUUAUCUCAGAUAGAGAAUGAAUUUGGACCAGUUGAAUGGGAAAUUGGAGCACCAGGCAAGGCAUACACAAAAUGGGCAGCAAAUAUGGCUGUGGGACUGGGCACUGGUGUUCCAUGGGUCAUGUGCAAGCAAGAUGAUGCUCCUGAUCCUGUGAUUAACACCUGCAAUGGCUACUACUGUGAAGAUUUCAAACCAAACUCGAAUAAUAAACCCAAGAUGUGGACUGAGGCCUGGACAGGCUGGUAUACCGAGUUUGGGGGAGCGGUGCCACAUAGGCCAGCAGAGGAUUUGGCGUUCUCGGUCGCGAGGUUCAUUCAGAACGGUGGUUCCUUCAUCAAUUACUACAUGUAUCACGGAGGAACCAACUUUGGCAGGACAGCCGGUGGUCCCUUCAUUGCCACCAGCUAUGACUACGACGCUCCUCUUGAUGAAUUCGGUUUACUGAGGGAACCAAAAUGGAGUCACUUGAGAGAUUUGCACAAAGCCAUUAAGCAAAGUGAAUGGGCUCUGGUUUCUGCUGAUCCAGCUGUGCAAUCACUUGGAAGUAAUCAAGAGGCUCACGUGUUCAAAGCUGGAAGCGGUUGCGCAGCCUUCCUGGCAAACUACGACACAAAGUAUUCUGUCAGAGUGAAUUUCGGAAACGGGCAAUAUGACUUGCCGCCUUGGUCCAUCAGCAUUCUUCCGGACUGCAGAACUGCUGUUUACAACACUGCAAAGGUCGGUGUACCGAGUUCUCAGAUCAAGAUGGUGCCAGUAGGUGGAUUCGCUUGGCAGUCUUAUAUAGAGGAAACUGUCUCUGCCUUUGGCGAAGACACGACUACAAAGGACGGGCUGCUGGAGCAAAUUAGUCUCACUAGAGAUGCUUCAGACUAUUUGUGGUACACGACAGACAUCACGAUAAGUCCUAACGAAGCAUUUCUGAGGAGCGGCCAAUAUCCCGUGCUCACCAUAAUGUCAGCAGGACAUGCGAUGCAUGUUUUUGUCAAUGGUGAACUCGCAGGGUCAGCAUAUGGAUCAUUAGAGAAUCCAAAAUUAUCAUAUAAUGAUAAAGUGAAGCUGAGGGCUGGCAUCAACAAACUAUCGAUAUUGAGUGUAGCUGUUGGGCUUCCGAAUGUUGGCCUGCAUUUUGAGACAUGGAACACCGGGGUUCUUGGGCCAGUCACAUUGAAGGGUCUCAAUUCCGGGACGUGGGACAUGUCGAAAUGGAAAUGGGCUUACAAGGUCGGUCUUAAGGGGGAGGCUCUGAGUCUUCAAACUCUAAGUGGUAGUUCCUCAGUUGAAUGGCUUGAAGGUUCGAUGUUGGCCCAAAAGCAGCCUCUGACCUGGUACAAGGCAACUUUCAAUGCUCCACCAGGACGUAGUCCAUUAGCCUUGGACAUGAGCAGCAUGGGAAAGGGUGAGAUAUGGAUAAAUGGUCAGAGCAUCGGACGCCACUGGCCUGCUUACACAGCUCGUGGCAGUUGUGGCGGCUGCAGUUAUGCCGGAACUUUCAAUGAGAAUAAGUGCCGAAGCAACUGUGGAGAGGCUUCUCAAAGAUGGUACCACAUUCCGAGAUCGUGGUUGAAACCCACAGGCAAUCAAUUGGUCAUUUUCGAAGAAUGGGGUGGCAACCCGGCUCAAAUUUCUUUGGUCCAAGCAACAAGGACUUCAUAGGCACAGAACCUCUAAAUCGAUGCAGUUUAUAGCUGAAAUUAAGCAAUUUCCGUAGUGCUCAGAAUAAGCGAUACGCAACAGCACAGCAUUCAUCUUCUUUUUUCAGUCUUUAGAAGCUUGUACAUCCAAAGGAUGCCGUUACAACUACUUAGACUUUGACAAAGGGAAGUGUGACGUCAAGCUAUACCAACACACCAUUUUGCUGAAGUCGUAUACAGGAAUACAGAAAGGGGGAAUAAACUGCAGAAACAUGCAGGUGUAUACAAGCAUAUUUGUUACUAAUUAGAAAUAGCUUCGUCUUCAUACCUAGUUUGUGCUACACGUAUGAACACAAGCAAGUGGAAUUUCUUAGCCUUUCAGGUGUGUAGAUGUCGGGAACGAGUGGCUCUAUAGAUCAGGACAGUCAUUUUGUUGCCUUGCUAAGAAAGACACUGAAAUGCAGUAAUUGAAAUAAUAAACUGAAGUUCAAUA